AGCGUAUAAGAUAGGGGAGUGAAGUGCCUGGUGACGUCACGUCAUCACGUCGUUCGCCUGGAUCUUUAUAGAGCGCGCGCUUUACUUCAACAGGAUACAAGACGCGACGCUGCCCUGCACGUUUCGUCUUUAUUUUGCUCGUCAUUACUGCUUAUUUUUCAGAAAUCUCUCGGUUUUCAUCUGCUCUGUAUAACUUUAAUCGAGCAGUUUUGAUUCUUCAGUAUGUGAAGUUGAGCGCACUGGUUUCAGCACCAGUAAACGGUGGACAGAGGAUACCUGACUGUAAAGUUUACCUCAUUGACAUUGGACAGAAAAGACAAAGCUCGAGUUUUAUGAUGGAGUGCUCGGCAUUGAGCAGAGAGGGAGCAGGUUUGGCCAAACCGCCCAAGCAUCUGUGGAGGCAACCCCGAACCCACAUCCGGAUCCAACACCGGUACCACUCCGACAACGAGAGAUACCUGUGCUGUAACAGAGCCACGGAGAAAAACCGACCGGGUCUUAGGAAGCCACGCAUGUCCUGGCCAUCGUCUUUUCAUAAGCGCUUCGAUGUGGAAAAUGGGUUGUCGAUCGGGCGAAGUCCACUGGACCCCACCAUCAGUCCAAGCUCUGGCCUGGUCCUCCAAGCGAACAGCCAACGGCGCGAGUCGUUCCUCUACCGAUCCGACUCGGAUUUUGACCUCUCGCCCAAGAUGUCCAGAAACUCCUCAACGGCCAGCGAGCUUCAUGGGGAGGACAUGAUCGUAACGCCGUUUGCUCAGGUUCUUGCCAGUCUGCGUACUGUAAGAGGAAAUGUUGCAGCUUUGACUCACGGGCAGGACCGAGGCAACAAGAGACCACCAGUCACGAAUCCUCCAGCUGUCUGUAAGACAAACCUAUCAGAUGAAGCGUAUCAGAAACUCGCUGUCGAGACUCUUGAAGAGCUGGAUUGGUGUUUGGACCAGCUGGAGACCCUGCAGACACGUAACUCAGUCAGUGAAAUGGCAUCCAAUAAGUUUAAAAGAAUGCUCAACAGAGAGCUUACCCAGCUAUCCGAGACCAGCCGAUCUGGAAACCAGGUGUCGGAGUUCAUAGCAAGCACAUUUUUACAGAAACAACAUGAUGUGGAGAUUGUGCCAGCAACAUGUAAAGAAGACAAGAAACGUCGUCCAAUGUCUCAGAUAAGUGGAGUGAGAAAACUAAGCCCCAGUCCAAGUCUCCCACCAACAUGCAUCCCAAGAUUUGGUGUCACCACACCAAAUGAGAAUCUCCUGGCUAAGGAGAUUGAAGAUAUAGAUCGAUGGGGUAUAGAUAUCUUUAAGAUAGCAGAAUUUUCCGGGAAUCGGCCGCUGACAGUCAUAAUGUACACGAUUUUUCAGGAGCGAGAUUUGCUCAAAACCUUCAAAAUCCCAUCAGACACCUUCCUGACCUUCCUCAUGACUUUAGAAGACCACUAUCACGCAGACGUAGCCUACCAUAACAACAUCCACGCUGCAGAUGUUGUACAGUCCACGCAUGUUCUUCUCUCCACACCUGCACUAGAGGACGUGUUCACAGAUCUUGAGAUCAUGUCUGCUUUGUUUGCCAGUGCGAUUCACGAUGUGGAUCAUCCAGGCCUGUCCAACCAGUUCCUUAUUAACACAAACUCUGAACUGGCUCUGAUGUAUAAUGAUGCCUCUGUGUUGGAGAAUCAUCAUUUGGCUGUGGGCUUCAAGCUUCUACAGGAGGAGAACUGUGACAUCUUCUGCAACCUCAGCAAGAAACAACGUCAGUCCAUGCGGCAGAUGACUAUAGAUAUGGUAUUAGCCACUGACAUGUCCAAACACAUGAAUUUCCUUGCUGACCUCAAGACAAUGGUAGAAACCAAAAAAGUCACCAGUUUAGGAGUUUUGCUGCUGGACAACUACUCAGAUCGAAUACAGGUGCUCCAAAACAUGGUUCACUGUGCCGACCUCAGCAACCCUACCAAACCCCUGGAGCUCUACCGACAGUGGACAGAUCGUAUCAUGGUAGAGCUCUUCAGUCAGGGUGACCGCGAGCGGGACAAGGGUAUCGAAAUCAGUCCCAUGUGUGACAAACACACAGCAUCUGUAGAAAAAACUCAGGUGGGAUUCAUCGAUUACAUCGUCCACCCUUUGUGGGAGACGUGGGCUGAUCUAGUCCAUCCAGACGCUCAGGACAUUCUAGAUACGUUAGAGGACAAUCGUGAAUGGUACCAGAGCAUGAUACCACGCAGCCCUUCGCCCACCCCUGAAGAGCAGGACAUGCGGGCUAUAGUUGGUGGCGGGGGCUCAGCCGCAGAAAAGUUUCAGUUUGAUUUGACUCUUGAAGAAGAGGAUGGAGAGUUAGAAACGAAUGAAGAGAACGUCAAUAAAAAAGCAUCAAGGACUAUGAACGUCGAGCAUUUAGCAACAUCCGAGAGCUUUACGGUUAUAACUCCUAUGUUAGACCUGGACCAAGAAAUGACCAGCGUGUCCAUCCUGCAGUUGGAAACUUAACACGGCCAUCUUCUACCAGAGCUGCUUCGGUCAUGAUGCUUACACUCGUGAAGUUUGAGGUUUAGUAGAAGCUGGCAGGUGUGUCAGUACUUUUUAAAUAAUUGGACUCAACUUUAUCCAACCGGUUUUAAAAACGCAAACUCUUGUGAAGGAUUGAGGAGGAACAUAGAUGAAUGUUUCCACGGAGAAACAUGGUGUCUUCCCUUAUCCUGCAGAGGAAUGCUGACAUUCUCGUGAUGUGAACUUUAUCAGACUCUAGGAUAUUUAUUAUCUCGAAACUUUUAACUUAAUGCUUUUGAUUUUUUUAUGCUUUUGCCACUGAGAUAAACCGAGUUGAAUGGAACAGGACAGUCGUUACAACUAUUUAAUGCAUCAGCGAUAAGAUUGUGACGCUAACAACCUCAGGAUAAGAAUGAUAUUAUGUAGCAAGACUCCAUAGGGCAGUCACUAACCUGUUUAUAAACCAAUUGAACAGGAAAAAUGUUUAAUAAAAUAUCCAAAAACUUACUGUCAAAUAGAAGCCCACCAUAUGGAGAAUCCCUUUAAAUGUCUUUAUACUGAAAUACCUUUAUACCUCUUGACAGAUUAGCACUAUGUAGACAAACAGGAUUGAUUUGAACUUCAUUCCUGACCAAUGAAUGAACUCAAAUGAUCUUCAUACACUCCUAAAAAUAAAGGUUCCUAAGGGUGCACUCACAUUUGCCAAGGUUACCUUGCCCACUCUCCCACAGGCUUGCACUCACACUAAUUUUUUCGAUACGAGCCCAAGCACGCUUUGACAUAGAAUGUGAUUUUUACGGAAGUAAAGCGCUCUCGUAAUGUUAAAUUUGUGGCUUGUCGUUUGGGACGCAAUGACACCAUGCCUCACAACAUGCCUGCCAUAAUAUUGCUUAGUCGAUCUAUCGAUCUGGGGUGCGUUUCUCGAACAACGAUGUAACUCGCUGCUGAACCAACAUAGUACGAUGUAUAGUUGGAGAAACGAACUACCUUGUCACGACUGUUUCCCGAAAGCAUAGUAAAUUUGUCGCACAUUCGUCGUUUGAACCAUGUUGGUUUAACAACAUAGUUGAUGAUGUCACGUGGGAGGUGAAGUACUAAUUCAUCUGUGCAAAUCGAUUUAAUGUCAUAUUAUUGCUGUAAAUAACAUACGGUAUAUUGCAUCGGAAGACUGAUUUUGUUAUCGUGAUUUAGUUAUCUGUUGUUUAUUUUCAAGAUAUUCAAUUCAUGCGUUAGUUCCCUCAUAUGUCACUCCUCCCAGGGAUUCCCCAGGGUCUUAAAGCUUGUAUGACUGCGCAGUUUUCAAAUGCAGCACUUUAAUUCUGUUUACAAACUUAAAGACGUAAAAUAAAAUUUGUAUAUAUUUAGAAUGAUGGAUAUAGACUGUACUACAUGUUUUUCUACAUAUGAUAAUAACAAGGAACUAUGCUUCUAACGACAGGUGAAGAGCUGUCAUUCCAACGACACAACUUAGCGAUGUAGUUUGCGAAUGUCCGCUGGAACGAUAGUUUCGUGAAAAACCCGCGUUGGUGAACUAUGCUGAAACGAUGGAACUUGCAACCGUAGUUGGCUAACGAUGCUUUCGGGAAACGCACCCCUGUGUGAUUUUCUAGGCAGAUAUGGCUAGGUGCCUGUAUAUUCCCCUGCUAUUGAAAGUUACCAAGGGGACUAUUUUCGGCUGCUGCGUAAUAUCAUGGGCCUCCAGCAGCCAUGUUAAAGGGAUAGUUCGGCCAAAAACGAUAUUAAACCCAUG